AGCCAUGUCCACUCAGGAGCUCUUUGUUGCUGCAGCUCGUAAAUGUCUGUCGGCUGGUAGAAAAUCUCUGUCUGUCCCUCAGAGUCUGGACCUGGCUGCUCAGGUCUCGGCUGUUGAUCUGGGACUGAAACCGGCUUUAUUGUACGACAGCAACGGCGCCAGCGCAGAUCAGGUGCAGCGGUAUUUGAGCUCUUUGCAGUCCUCCCAGCUUGUGUCUGAAUCACUUCUCACGCUGGAUUUAAAUGGAAACGCUCUCAUAGUCAAUCCAGUUACGGUCAGAUCAAACGUAGAGCAGCUGUGUCGCGGUAGCAACGUGGCUGUAAUUAAUGUCUGCCACUUGCUGGACAAACCCACCAUCACUGACCCGCUCGGAGGAGAACUGAAGAGCAUGAUACACGAUUUACUGCAUCUCCUGAGAGGGUUGGACCAACUGAAGGAGGCUGAGAAACCUCAUUAUGUUGGAGAGAAAUCUGAGGAAUGGAACCUGUGCACAGUGUUUGGUCUUUUAUUGGGUUACCCCGUCACUUACUGGUUCGAUCAGACCAAGAGCUUCGAAAACUGCCUGUCUAUGACUCCCCUGAUGGUCACCACAGCUUCUGCAACAUGGCAGGCGGAGACCACAGGUCACAGAUGUUGUCUGUACUCCUUCAGUGUUCCAGCUGUUCUGCUUCAAGAGAUGCAGUCCAACCUGGAAAACUGGAGGUUUUGUUUACAACAGAAAUUUCAGCAGCAAAAUGUCCUAAAAGAUCUUAAAGUUUGUCAGUCCGCGGUCACUCUGCCCUCCGUCUGUUUGUAGAAUAUGUGUGUUUACUUUGUAACUACAUUAAAAUGUGUCAAAACA